AUCUUGAGGCGUAAGAGAAUUGAGCAGGAGAAUCGUAGAGUGUUUGUUGGGAGAGAAUGGCUGGUGGAGGUAUUUCUAGCAUGUGCCGGGCUGUGUUCGUGAUGAGUUUUAUGUGGGGCUGGUAUUGCUGUGUGGCUGAGCAAGGAACAGCCACAUUUUACACUGCUCCAUAUGUCCCAUCGAAGUGCUAUGGAUACGACCCCAAUCAAUUUCCAGCAGGAGGUUUGUUUGCGGCGGCAAGUGAUGCAUUCUGGGGCGGUGGAGCGGCUUGCGGAAAACAGUACUGAAUCACAUGUACCGGCGCAACAAAUCAGGGCGUUCCGAUGCCAUGCAAGAGCGGAUCCAUCGUCGUGAAGAUUGUUGAUCAUUGCACACCCGGAUGCGCUGGCACCAUCGAUUUAUCUCAAGCUGCCUUCGCCGAUAUUGCCAAUCCUGACGCUGGCAAAGUUAACAUUAACUAUGAACAGCAAGUUGGUGAUUGAUUUAAUCAUAUUUUUCUGUUGUUCCCCGUAAUAUAUUCGAUUAAUUAUUUUUCCUUUGUUUUUCAGGGCCUGACCAUGCUGAGCAGCCCUACUAUUACUAAAUAAAUAAAGCGCGUAACGACGUACGAAGCAGGCUGCUUUGAAUACGCUUCACUUUGUUAUGUGCAUUUAAUAUUAUGAAGAAUACAGUCAAUUUCUAUGGUGGCUAUCGUGUUUGUCUUAUUCGA